ACAAGACACAAGAUGAAACAACAAAAGACAAUAACGCCUCAGGCGUUGAGAAAAGGCGAUACUAUUGCUUUCAUCUCUCCAUCCUCCAGACUUAAUACUUUAUUCGGCACCCGCAUCACCCGAGCCAAACAGUUCCUCCAACACCACGGCUUUCACGUCAAAAUUAUCUAUACCGAAAAUCUCCCAAGCAAUCAUUUGCAAGCUAUCCAACAACGCUGCUGCGAGAUACAAUCUGCAUUCUCCGAUGUACGGGUCAAAGCAAUCGUUUGUACAAUAGGAGGAUUAUCUGCGAAUGAACUUCUGCCUCAUUUGGAUUAUGCUUUGAUCAGGGAAAAUCCAAAGAUUUUUGUCGGGUAUUCGGAUGUUACGUUGCUGCAUCAUGCGUUGGUUACGCAGUGUGGGUUGAGGACAUUCUAUGGUCCUGCGGUGAUUCCUGAGUUUGGAGAGGUGCCGGCGCCAUUGGAGUUUACUGCCAACCACUUCUUCAGGACUUUGAUGGAGCCGGGGCAGGGGCAGAGUGUUCCUAGGUCGGAGACGUAUACGAUGGAGUUCAAGAAUUGGCUUGCUGAGGAGAAGGAUCAGGAGGCUAGAGAGCUGAUACAGGCGCCUGGUUGGAAGUGGUUGAAGGGGGGAACAGCGGAGGGCAGGUUGAUGGGUGGAUGUUUGCCUUCUGUUGUUCAGUUGUGUGGGACUAAGUACUUGCCGGAUUAUUCUGGACGGGUCUUGCUUCUUGAAUUGCCUGAGGGUGAAAACCCUGGUCUGCCAUUCUCACUGGAUGCUGCGAGAAGUGCGAUGGCCGAUCUGCGUAAUGCUGGUGUACUGGAGGUGGUGGCUGGUAUUGUGCUGGGAAGACCGUAUAUGUAUGAUGAAGAGAUGAGGGAAAGGUUUGAGAAGAUGGUGGUUGAUCAGUGUUAUGGGUUGGAGAUUCCCAUAUUGGCGCAUGUUGAUACUGGACAUGCGGAUCCGAUGCUUACAUUGCCAUUGGAUGUAAUGGUGAGACUCGAUUCUGGUGAGAAAGAAGGGGAACAAUUCGUGAUAUUAGAAGAAGUUGUUGUGACAUGAAUAGCUGUUUGGAGCUCAGUCUGAGUAGCGCCUGUUCAACAAGGAUAGCAGACUGCCAUGCAUAUAGAGGCAUCAUCAUACUUGAAACUUCAUCUUCGGCUUGCCUAUU